AUGGACACACCAAAGAGGAACCAAAUGAACCCUCCCUCCCCUAACUUAGAGGAUUCACCUGUGUUCAACUAUAUCAAUAAUUUAUCUCCUUUGAAGCCCCUUAAGUCUCUUAACAAUACUCAGACUUUCAAUUCACUCAUCUUUUCAUCCCCUCCUCGUGUUUUCGCAUCACCCCAUGUUAGCUGUUUCAACGCAUUUGGCACAUCAAAGGUUUCUUCUGAAGAUGGAAAUGAUGUUUACUCAAGUGAUCUGGCUCUUGCAGAUUCUACUCAUGCACAUCAUUGCUCAAGAGAAUUGUAUGAAAUUACCACCAAUAAUGAUGGGAUAAUGCACGUUGAUGAUUCAGUUGCUUCUGAUUUUGAACUUGAUAUCCAAGAUCAUUGUUUUGAGCCAAUAGCAGCCACAGUCACAGACCAUACACAUCAGGACAAUCUUGCCAAUGUUGCUUUGAUGAUGAGCAAUCCAAAUGAGAAGACAAAUGAUGAGGUAGGAAAGGGAAAUUUAUGUGUAUUAUAUAUUUUACAGCUAGCUAGACUUUGGUUAAGCUUGUUUUGCACCAUGCUUCAUGGAUGUAUAGACUUUGAAGUGGCCAGUGAGCAAAGUAAUAAGAAUACAGAUGAGAAUUCAAACACUACAUCACAGUCUGUUGAGAAGAAUGUUACUAAUGAAAACCAUCUUCUUCUUCCUACAAAUUGCAAUGGGAAUUCACAAAGUUUCACUUUGCCAGAAAUUAGUUCACACUUGAACACACUCCCAAGCUUAAAAAAUUACAAAGGUUUCACUUCUUCCUUCAACCUCUCUUUAAGCCAAGAACAUCAGCAUUCACCAUUGGUAUCUCAAUCAUCUGAAAGAGAAUUGGAUCCACCAGAGAAUCAAGUUCAACCUGCAGAAGAAGAUUUCAAUCAGAGCAGCUCCAACAAGAAAAGGCGAAAAAUGGAAGAAACUGAUCAGGGAUGCAAACGUUGCAAUUGCAAGAAAUCAAAAUGUUUGAAGCUUUAUUGUGAGUGUUUUGCUUCUGGGGUCUAUUGCUUAGAACCUUGUGGCUGUAAGGAUUGCUUCAACAAACCAAUUCAUGAAGAUACUCUUGUUGUAUCUCGAAAGAAGAUUGAAUCUCAAAACCCUAAUGCAUUUGAUCCUAAAGUCAUUGGAACCGGGGAUGAUGAUCAGAAAAAUACUCCAGCAUCAGGUUCAGCUCGACAUAAAAGAGGAUGCAACUGCAAGAAAUCAAGUUGCUUGAAGAAAUAUUGUGAAUGUUUUCAGAAUGGUGUUGGUUGUUCUAUUAAUUGCAGAUGCAAAGGUUGCAAGAACACAUAUGGUAGAAAGAAUAUAAAGGAUGGUUCUGCUCCAAUAGGAAUAGAAGCUGAUACAGAAGAACCACAAACAUGUGAAAACAUGCCAG